AUAAUUUUUUAUUUUUUUUUUAUUAAUCCUGGUUUAUAUAAUGUGACUUUAAGUCACAUGAACCACUAAUUUGGGUCAUUACUUUUAUUAGCAACUCGAUUUAUAUUAUUUAUAAUAUUCAUAAUUUUUGAAGACUGGUAUUUUUUAGAAAUUUCAGUAGUUGCUGUUUCUUCUUACUCUGUUACCUAUAAUUCUUUAACCGUAAUGAUUAAAUACACGUAUAAUUAUUCCAAUUAAAUAUUUUUUAUCUUCCAAGUAGUUGGUUAUUAUCAAUGAACUGAAUUAUGAUUAAACAUUUAUAAAAAGUCAUGUUAAGUUUCUACGGUUCGAGGACAUGAAUUCUGCCAAGUGUUAAACGUCAUCAAAGUUAUAAUAAGUAUAUAUAUAAGCGUAUAUUUUCAUUUUUAUAUGAAAAUGGCAUGGUUGUCAGGUCUUGCUGAUAAGGCAGAAAAUUUAUUAAAUAAAAUAGAUAAAAACACCGCCGCUGUUUUAAAUAAAGACAAAUAUGAGUUACCCCAAUCUCAGUUGACACAUGUUACAUGGAUUUCUUCUGAGUCAUGUGUUAACACACAAGAUGAUACAAUUUUGAAACCUUCUACACAUACAGAAUCAUUAAAAGAAUUUCCUUAUGUUCGUUCAGUACCAAAUCUUUCAUCAUUGACAACAAAUUCUGUUAUGUCUAAAGACGAAGAGCUUCUAACUUUCUUAAAUACAUUAGAUUCAAGUCCAAAAAAUAAUGUAGCAGAAAUUUCAAUGUCACCAUCAACACCUUCAUCGCUCAUGGUUGAACAUCCAACAGAUACUACAGAUUCUGUAUCGGACUUAUCAAUUCAUAGUGGCCGCUCUAGUCCUAGUUUUGUCCAUACAUCUGUAGAAAUGCCAGAUAAUCUUAAUCAUGAUGAUGUGAAUGUUGACAAUGCUAAUUUUUGUAAAGAUGUAAUAAUAAAUACCCUAAAUAAUGAAAUAAUGGAAAAUCAAACUUCUGAUAUUGUUUUGAAUAAUGAUCAUACUGAAAAGUCUGAUAAUAUAAAACAAGGAUACGAGUAUGAUGUGAAACAAGAAAAUACAGAAAUAGAUAAAUUGAUGAAUUCAUCUCACAAUAAGUAUAUAAGAAAGUAUUUGAAAGAAGUAGAAAGAAACUUAGAAGAAAGGAAUGAACUACUUGGGAAACAAGAAACAGAUCAUCAAAAAGAAAUCAUAGUUCUGAAUGAAAAAUUGCAGUCUUUAUAUACAGAAAAAGUACAAUUAUCUAAGCAAGUAAUAGAAUUACAAUCAGCUUUAGAAAGAAGUAGAUUAGAAUUAAACUCCACUAGAUCUGAUUUAGAACAACAUAAAGCUAGAGCUCUAAAGACAUUGCAAGAAAAAGAAAAAUUAAUAGCAGAAUUAAGAUGCAAUGAGUCUACAGAGAUGGAUGAUAUAACAAUUAUGGAACUAAACCAACUGAGGCAAGAACGUGAUAUACUCAGAGAAGAAAAUCAACAAAGUUCUGAGCAAUUAAGGAUAGUACGUGAAGAAUUAAUGAAUGCUGAUGUAAAAUUGGAAAAAAUGCGACAAAAAUCUGCUGAAGCAAAUAUACAAGCUCAAGAAAUUCUUGCUACAGAAAGGCGUAGAAGAUUAGAUGCAGAAGAAGAUGCAAGAUUACAUUCAGAUGAAAUAAGAUCAUUGAAGGAUGAAUUAAUUCGUCAAUGUAAUAAUUAUACUACACAACUACAAAAAAGUGAUUCUGAAAUCGCUCGGCUUAGGGUGCAAUUAUCCGCAGCUUCAACACCAAGCAGCAAAGUAGAAUCAAGAUUGACAUCUUUGACCCAAACAUUGGUUUCAAAACAACAAGCAUUAGAAAUUUUAACGACUGAAAGAAAUGCUUUAAGAUUACAAUUAGAAAAAAUAGAACAUGAAUUUAGGAAUAGUCGACGUAACGUUUCGUAUAAUAGCAUAAACGAUACAGAUGACGCUAAAGCUCAAGUACCCACAUUUUUGAUAGAAACUCCAUUUGAUACUGGAGUUACUAGAAGAGUAAAACGAGCUUAUUCAUUGUUAGAUGCUAUUAGUAUUCGUACAGGAGUAUUUUUAAGACGGUAUCCUCUUGCAAGGAUUUUAGUACUAAUUUAUAUGGCAUUACUGCAGUUUUUGGUUCUUAUAGUUCUUCUAUCGCAAUCACCAGAAGCGCAUUAAUGUAUGAUAUUUACAAUACAUGUAAUAGAACAUUUUUGUAAAUAUUACAUUGGGAUGGUGCAUACAUAUACUAAUAUUAAUUACUAAUUAUAUCAGUAACUUUUUAUAAACUAUUAAAUGAUAUGUUAUAUAAUGUACGAAAAUUUCUAAAGAGAGUAUUUCUAAAGAGAUACACAUGUUAAUUUUUAUAAAUGUAUUUGAAUGAUUGUUUUGUAAUAUAAUAUAUGUUUGUUUUGUUUUAUAAUAUAUGUAUGUAUACCAUGUUGAUCAGUGUAGUAUAUCCCCUUGUACGUAAUUGUUGUUAGAAUGGAACAGAAAUCCUAUAUUUACAAUUAAUAAGCAAUGAAAUAUCUUUAUUUAUUCAAAUUAUCAUUUAUUUUUUCAUUAUACAGAAAAACAAACAAUACUACAAAUAUAAUGAACAUAAUGUAUUUAAUUCAACCUAACCUAAAUAAAUAAAUAAAUAAAUAAAUAAAUAAAUAAUUGCUUGUAUUAUAUCUUUUCUACAUGAAAUGCUUUAAAAAAAAGCACUUAUUAUUCUUUAAGUUGAAAUGGAUAAUUUUAGAUAUAAGAAUAAAAUUUUUUAUUUAUUGCUGGAAAUAGUAGCUAAGGAUAUUAUAAUGAGCAGUAAUGAUCGAACGAUAAAAAUGAUUUUUAUGUGUGAAGGUUAAUAAUGAAUUUAUGAUUUCAUCACUUUUUAUAUGAUAAUUGUAAUUGUAUAUGGUAUCAUUGAUAUAAAUUUAACACUAUUUAAUUAAUUAUAAUAGUUAAAUGUUUAUUUUAUGCAAACUAGUAUCUGUUAACGAUAUGGAAUCGAACGUGAUCACAUAGAGGAUUCAAAUCUUUUUGUGAAGAACGUUUAAAACAGUAAUUUAGCAGAUGCGCUUUUAAGAAGUUAAGAUCAUUUCAAUGUAUGUCUAAUAAUUUAUUAAUAAUUUUAAAUUAAAAUUUUUUUAAUAUGUUUUACAUAUAUCAUUACAAAAAGCGGAAAUAUCUAACUAGGUAUAUCCUAACUAAUUAUUAUUAUUGAUUAUUUUUACAUUUCCCUAUAAUUGUUAAUUUGAUUUGGUUGAUUCUUAUUGCUAUGUAUUACUAUGAUUAUGAUAUCCUAAACGAAAAGAACUUGAUAUGCCACGUAAAAACAGAGAUAUGCGAACAAACAAAAUUCUGUAUAUUCAUUCGCGCUUCUACUUUUCUGUAGACAUGCAAUAUGUUCUGUUUAACUGGAACCGUUCAAAUAUCUGGAAUGAUACGAAAAAAUGUUUCAGAUCGAAGUUGUAUGGUAUUGAGGGAGAUAUACGAGGAUCUUGAAAAGUUCUGUAAGGUUGACAUUAAAAUUUUUAGAUUGAUGCCUUAAUUUUUUAUUACAUAUUCUUGUAGCUGAUAUUCAGACGUUUUUAAAAUAGUAGAAACUUGUGUCUUUCGCACCAUUCACUAUCGAAAUUUAAACUUUCAGAUUCGGCUGAGCAAUACAAAGAAUUAGAGAAAAAUGACUAUUCGCAACUAUCUGGCUAUUUUUGAAAUAUUAGAAAACUAUAGUCUUGUGUUUCUUAGCAUAAUGAAAAAUAUCUUUAUGCGUCUUAUACUGUGGUGUACACAUCGGUUAGCGCCAAUACCGGUAGCACGGCGAAUUUUAGAAUUCAUAUCUCAAUAGUGGGCGGUGCAAAAAAUAUGAGUUUGUAGUGUUUUGAAAAAAGUUAGUCUGGAUGUCAACUACAAGGAUAAUAAAAGAUAAUAAGAAUAAUGCAAAAGUAAUAAAAAAUAAAGGUAUCCAUCUAAAAAUUUUAAUAUUUACAGGAUGUUUCAAGGUUGAAUAGAUAAAAGCACAAUAUGACACCCUCGAUACCAUACAAUUGUCUGAAACAUUUUUUCGUAUCACUCAUAUUUUUCAAAUAUUUGAGCGUUUCCAGUUAAACAGGCUAUACCGUAUACAUAUGUAUAUAUUUUACGUUUCAUAUUCAAGGAAUUGCUUUUUCAUUUGAGUGAUUGGUCGCAUUUACGAAAUUUAAAGUUAAGACAAUGAGCAGUUUCUUACUGAUUGACCUAGUACUGUCUAAUGCUACGCCUCUGUUGAAAAUCAUCAAAUUACUAU